AGAAAAGAAAACAGCAGAAUAUUUCUUGACUUUUAUGCUCAUAAGUAUUUGCAAAAUCCCAUUAACUGCAUGCAAGUUAUUUCUCUUGAAUUGAAUAUUUCAUCAUGGUGUUCGUCUUUCCAACGCUUCUGUACAUGAAGCUAAAACCUUUAUCGAUGCUUGUUGUAUUGUUUUGUGCAUUUCCACAUUAUGAUGCUGUCAGUUCUUCUGAUUCGGAAGCAAAUGCUUUGUUGAAGUGGAAAGGCAGCCUUGACAGCCACAGUCAAUCUUCUCUCGCUUCAUGGAAUGGCACUAAUCCUUGCAUCUGGCGAGGAAUAGAAUGUGAUGAUUCCCUUUCUGUUUCUCACAUAAAUCUUACACGUGUUGGAUUAAAAGGUACACUUCAAACUUUUAACUUCUCAUUAUUUCCAAACAUUCUCGUUCUGAAUAUGAGUUUCAACUCCUUGUCUGGAAGUAUUCCUCCACAGAUUGAACAGUUGUCCAAUCUCAACACGCUUGAUUUGUCUAAAAAUCAUCUCUCCGGUAACAUUCCCAAAACCAUCUGUAAUAUUUCCAAACUAAAGUAUCUGAAUCUUAGUGUCAAUAGUCUCUCUGGUUCUAUUCCUAAUGAAGUGGAUCAUCUCCAGUCUCUUCUCACAUUCAAUAUAUUUACCAACAACCUCUCUGGGUCAAUCCCUCCUACCUUAGGAACCUUGAUCCUUUUAGAAUCCAUUCACCUUUUCGAAAAUAAACUCUCUGGAUCCAUUCCUGCCAGUAUUGGGAAUUUGUCCAGGCUCACCCUGUUAUCUUUAUCUUCAAAUCAACUCACCGGAUCCAUCCCUCCCCAUAUAGGAAAUUUAACAAACGCCAAGGUCAUAUGUGUUAUUGAGAAUGAACUUACUGGCGAGAUUCCAAUAGAAAUGGAGAAGCUUACUGGUCUCGAAUGUUUGUCAAUUGCUGAUAAUAAUUUUAUAGGCCAAAUACCUCAGAACGUUUGCCUCGGGGGAAACAUGAAAUACUUCACAGCUGGUAAUAACAAUUUCACUGGCCCAAUUCCAGAGACUUUGAAGAAAUGCUACAGCCUUAAAAGACUCAGGCUUCAGCAAAACCAUUUAACUGGGGAUAUAACAAACUUUUUUUAUUUCCUUCCAGACUUGAACUACAUUGAUCUCAGUCAAAAUAAUCUUCACGGUAAUAUUUCACCUACUUGGGGAAAAUUUCGCAGCCUCACAAGCUUCAUGAUUUUCAAAAACAAUUUGUCAGGUGUUAUUCCACCAGAACUAGGUGGGGCAACCAAAUUACAGCUGCUUGAUCUCUCCUCAAACCAUCUUACAGGAAACAUUCCAGAAGAUUUAUGCAACUUGACCCUUUUGUUUGAUCUUUCAAUCAACGACAAUAAUCUUUCUGGAAAUGUUCCCUCCAAAAUAGAAUCACUGGAGGGACUUAAAUUUUUGGAGCUCGGCUCAAAUAAUUUUACAGGCUUAAUCCAGAAAAAACUUGGAAAUUUGCACAAUUUAUUGUCCUUGAAUCUGAGCCAGAAUAAAUUUGAGGGAAAUAUUCCUUCUGAGCUUGGCAGUUUGAAUUUUCUCUCAAGUCUUGAUCUCAGUGGAAAUUUGAUGAGUGGAAGAUUACCACCAACGUUUGGUUUAAAAGACUUAGAAACAUUGAAUCUAUCGCACAACAGUCUUUCAGGUGAUCUCUCUAGCUUAGAUGAUAUGAUAAGCUUGACAUCUUUUGAUAUAUCAUACAACCAGUUUGAGGGUCCACUUCCUGAAAAUCAAGUCUUCCAGAAUGUCACCAUUGAAGCUCUGAGAAAUAAUAAAGGCCUGUGUGGCAAUGUCGCUGGCUUGGAGCCUUGCCCGACAGUAAGUGGGAAAUCUCAUAAUAAUACGACAAGGAAAGUGCUAAUAGCAGUUUUAUCCGUUACUGUGGCCAUUCUAAUGCUUGCACUAUUUCUUUUUGGUGUCUCCUGUAAUUUAUGCCGAACUUCAAACAAAGAACAAUUGCAGGCUCUAAGUUCACGAUCUCCAAGCAUGUCUCCAGUAUGGAGUUUUGGAGGCAAAAUUAUGUUUGAGAACAUUAUUGAAGCCACCGAAUAUUUUGAUGACAAAUAUCUCAUUGGAGUUGGAGGUCAAGGUUGUGUUUACAAAGCAGUAUUACCUACAGGUGAAGUUGUUGCUGUGAAGAAACUCCAUUCAGUUUCAAAUGGAGAAAUCCUUUAUCAGAAAGCUUUCUUAAUUGAGAUCCAGGCUUUGACAGAAAUCCGACAUCGUAACAUUGUAAAGUUUCAUGGGUUUUGUUCGCAUUCACAAUACUCAUUUUUGGUGUGCGAAUUCCUAGAGAGGGGCGAUGUGAAGAAGAUUUUGAAAGACGAUGAACAAGCAACUGUAUUUGAUUGGAAGAAAAGGGUGGAUGCUAUUAAAGACGUGGCAAAUGCUUUAUGCUAUAUGCACCAUGAUUGCUUACCUCCAAUUGUUCAUCGUGAUAUAUCAAGCAAAAAUGUUCUUUUGGAUUCAGAAUAUGUAUUUCAUGUCUCAGACUUUGGAACUGCUAAGCUUCUUGAUCAUAGUUCAGCCAAUUGGACAUCAUUUGCCGGAACCUUUGGAUAUGCUGCUCCAGAACUUGCGUACACAAUGGAAGUAAACGAGAAAUGUGACGUGUAUAGUUUUGGGGUCUUGGCAUUGGAAAUAUUAUUUGGAAGGCACCCUGGUGAUGUUACAUCUUUAUUGCAAUCUUCUUUAUCAAUUGGUAUGAUCUCAACACUUGAUCAUAUGGCAUUGAUGGAUAACUUGGAUGAACGUCUACCUCAUCCAACAAGUUCUACUUUGAAAGAGCUGGUAUCAAUUCUCAAGAUAGCAAUUUCUUGCCUCACUGAAACUCCAUGAUCUCGUCCAACCAUGAAGCUCGUAACCAACGAGCUUGCGAUGUCGAGGUCAUCUUCAAUGUCACACACAGAGCUGAAAGACUGAACAUCCUACAUAUACAUGCUUGAGUUGUACUUGUUCCCUGUAUUUUGUAUUAUAUUUUCUUGUUAUUUCAUGUAAUCUAUUUAAUGUUAUGAAAAAUAGAUCUUGUAAUCGUGAAGUUAGCUUGUCUUUGUAAUAUAGUACUACACUAUGAAAAGAAUAAAACUUCUAAGCUUUAUUUA